ACCCCCCGACCCUCGACAUUCUUCGCUCACUAUCAUUUGAUCAUCCUAUUUGUGCCCCUUUCGCCGAUAAUACCGCUAUUGACCCUAUUCCCGUUGAAUCGGGUCAUCUUUGCACUUCACAUCUCGGUAGCCCCCACAUCUGUUGAUCAACCGCCCCUCUUCAUCAUCGUCAUCAUCAAGCUUCAUCAUCCUCUGAUUCCUGCCAAGAGGAACAUCAUUAGUUGUAGCAGUCAUGCAUCGAACUUAUUCAAUGCGUCAGUCGCGCGCACCAACUCAAUCGCAGAUUGAGAAACCACCCCCACCGCCUAGCAGCACCAAGGUUGGCAGGUUGUUUGGUGGGGGAAAUUUUGGUUGGUCUUUCCCCCUCUCCUGCUGCAUGCCGUGCCGGAAACCAUGCGCACUCCUUGGGCUCUCUGAUUAUUUCGUUUGAUGCUCUCUUGUUACUGCUUUGCCGAUCUGUUUGACAUGCGGUAGUGAGAGAGCUCGCGGAAUGAUCCAGGUCGCUAACAUGAUGGCUGAUUGGAGGUGCUGCAGGUCAUAACCUUCGCAAGUCUAUGGCCGGUGCAUAGUACGUUUACCUCCUCUGGUUUUGUUGCUCUGCCGGACUAACCGGUUACUCUUGCCGCUGCAGUGGGCCGGAAUUGGCAAAAAAGCUCUCGCAGCUUGUGAAGAUGGAGAAGAAUCUUAUGAGGUCUAUGGAGCUCGUCGGCCGUGAGCGCCGUGAAGUCGCUCGGCAACUUUCCAUUUGGGGAGAAGAAUGUGAUGAGGACGUUUCGGAUAUCACCGACAAGUUGGGCGUGCUUAUAUUCGAGAUUGGAGAGCUUGAGGAUCAGUUCAUUGAUCGCUACGAUCAAUAUAGGGUUACCAUCAAGAGUAUCAGGAAUAUUGAGGCUAGCGUGCAGCCUAGCCGAGAUCGUAAGUGCUUGCGACAUAUAGUAGGGACCCGGAAACGUACUGAUUGAGCUGGCGUCUAAUAGGCAAGCAAAAGAUUACGGAUCAGAUUGCUCAAUUGAAAUACAAGGAUCCGAAUUCUCCCAAGAUUGUUGUCCUUGAGCAGGAAUUAGUUCGUGCGGAGGCCGAGUCACUUGUUGCCGAGGCUCAGCUGUCGAAUAUCACUCGAGAGAAGAUCAAGUCCGCGUUCACCUAUCAGUUCGAUGCGCUCCGCGAACACUCGGAGAAAUUGGCAUUGAUCGCGGGGUACGGAAAGCACUUGUUGGAACUUAUAGAUGACACUGCAGUUACUCCCGGUGAAACCCGGGAGGCUUAUGACGGCUACGAAGCGAGCAAGGGGUAUGUUCACAUGAGUUCACAUGAUGGGAUCGUGGUAUAUGCUGAUGUCUUGAUAGCAUCAUUCAAGAUUGUGAGGACGCUCUCACUAACUGGGUCGAAUCAAAAGCGGCUGUUAAACCACGUUUAUCUGUGCGUGGUUCUCGCCAACGCCGUACUCACGGUCGUGGAACUCGCAGUGGAAACAUCGGUGAGCCAGUCUCUCUAACCGACCAGGAUAGACCACUACGUGGUUCGGGCGUAUGGGUUCCCGCAGAUGAGCAUGAACGCCACCGCGCCCACGGAGCUCCGGUCCAUAGCCCUGCCGGUGAUGAUGACCAGUAUGAAGACAUUACCGACGAUGAAGUGGAUCGCGGAAAUCAUCGCGGCAGCCGAAGGCAUGGGCGUGACCACGAGCAUGACCAUGACGUUGACAGGCGCCAAUCCUCCCGCAACCGUGACGGUAAGAACGCCGAUGGCCCCAACGGUGACGCCCACUCCCGCAGCCAUGAGGAUGAAGGUGGCGCGGUCCUUCAGGAUUGACAGACGUCGACUGGGGACGUCGGGAAGGAGACGACGUCCGGGGAUAUGGACACGGUGACAACGACGGAAACUACACAACCGAUGGCUUUUCCUACAGGAUAUAAUAACGGCAUUCAUAAUACCACACGUUCCAUUCUUACAACCCGUAAUUCACCUCCGGGAACCUACCCUGCCGAACCUGCUACCAGUACUACUACCGCCACGGGCGACCACCACAAGAAUUGCAAGUCAACCGCAGCGGAAACAACCCCAACAGCAUCCACCCAGCCGACUAGUGUUACGUUCCCCCCAACCUCACCUCACAACACCACCAACCCCCUCGUAGAGGAACAACAGCCAGGACAAGGAUAUAGAAGACCAAUAGCUAUGCGAACAACUUUGCGAGACGACCCCGAAUACCAGGAGCAAAAAGAAGAUAGCAGCAGAGCCAUCCGGGAGGAAGCGGAGAGAGAGCGGGACUUGGGGUCUAUUAUUGAUAAGCAGUACGAUGGCGAUGGUACCGGGGAGGAUGCUGUGGAAGACGGGGGAGGGAGUCCAGGUCUUUUCGAAAGGGUAGCAGAGAAGCUUGGGCAUGCUUUGGGGACUGCGGCUUGA